AUCCGACGGGCGACGUCGCGAAAAAAAGACCAAUCACUCUUUGCGAAACCCAAACCCCAUAUCAAAAUCCAGACUGGCAGCCAGCAGCCUUGAGAGACGAGAAGUAUUGAAGUACACUUGCACCGGGACGGAGAGAGAAACCAUGGCCACUCCGGCGAAGAACGCCGGCCAAGCGGCGGCGGCGGGGGCGGCGGAACCGGUGGAAGAGCGGUCAUUCCAAUCCGCGGUGACGGCCGCCCCCCCACCGGAAAACGCCUCCGGCGACGGCGAUGGACGGCCCAUCUCGUCUGUCCUCUUCAUCAUAGCGAUGCAGAUGGAGGCGCUCCCUCUCAUCAACAAGUUCCAUCUUUCCGAAGACAUCGACGGAUCCCUGUUCCCAAAAGGUGUUCCGUGGGUCAGGUACCACGGUAUAUACAAGGAAUUGCAG